UCGGGUUAGCAGACAUAUAAACUGAUACAAUUUAAAACAGUGGAUGAAAAAUACGACAGAAUGGAUACUAAACUAAAACUUAUUAUUAUGAUAGUACUUGUUAGUGUCGGUGUUUGUCUGGCUGUGGUAAUGGCUCUGCUUUUGACCAUGCCGGAAUUACCAACAACUAUCGGAAAGAAUCAAAUAUGUUUACCGAAUAAGGAUAGCGAUCUUCAGUGUGGCCCAACGGCAGAUAUGCUUCACGAAUAUUUAGUGAUGAUAAUUGAGAAGAAAUAUGGCGAAAUCAAAACAGAACAGCAAAGGAUAAAACAACAGAAGUGUCAAGAGGCACAGGCAGCAUGUGCGAAAAUGACACCAGCCGUAAAACUCACUGGGAAACCGCAGACUUCGAUUAACAAAUAUGACAUGGGUGCUGAUAUGGUACCAAUAAGAGAAUGGCAGCAUAAUAGAGAUCUGCAUAGAACAAAUGAAUUUGAAAGAUACGCCAUUCAGUACUCAGACGGCCGCCUGAUUAUUUCUGUUGACGGCACAUAUUUUAUACAUUCAUUCGUCGAGUUGUUUGAGCCAUGUGACCCUUCGACUGGGAAGCCAAAUGUCAAAGAUCCUACAAAGCCUAUCAAACAUAACAUCUUCAAAUUCAGUAAACUCGAUCAAGAGGAAAUGGAGCUAGCUGUAGAUGUUCAACCACAUAUGGUGUCAAGCAACAAACACUUUAACUAUUACAGUAGCUAUGUCUCUUCACUUGCAUAUCUUAAAACUGGUGACGAGCUUUCUGUAAAAGUCAGCAACAUAACGUAUCUUAAAUACACACAAAAUAAUUAUUUUGGGAUGAACUUAGUAGCAUAGUCCUUUUGUUUUUUUAGUAAUCCUUGCCGUAAGGGACACGUGCUCGUCGUGGUAAGGGCACAGGUUGUCGUUGCUUUGUAGAGUGUGAUACUCUACUUAGCAGCGAUAACCUGACCAAGAUCUCUUUUGACAUUCUAUAUUAAGGUAGUGGACCCGUAAUGACUGUUGGCAGUUUCCGUGCAAUAACAUAUUCAUUUUUAGCAAUUUCGGCAUCCUUCAACUAUAACAGAGAGCUAUUUUUCAUUACGACUAGAUAUGCCAAAUCGCCCACAGAGAAUACGUACUCGAACGGAAAAUGCCGAUUGUCAUUUCAGGUCCACUACCUUAAUCAGUCAUUUAUACCUAGAAAUUGUGUUUUGUAUUUAUUAUUUAUCUUCGUACCAGAGUUAGUUGUUUGAAAAGAAAGCAACUGAGGCAGAACAACAAACUUUAUAAACUAUUUACUUUGAAGAGAAAUUGUAUGGUUGUCUGUAAAUCAGGAAAUCGUAAAUUAAAACAAAUGCCGUAUAAGUUUUUUUUUUUUUUUUUUAACUUCCAGCUUAUUUUUACGACAAAAUCAGAUUUGUAAAUAUUGGCCUUGUAUGAAUUCGCCGCGUAAAGUCAAGUAAACCGGUAUCAUGUAACAUUUUUCGAUCCGUACAAAUGACUCUUUGAUAUACGGGAGACAACUUCGACUUUAAAUCGGGCUUUAUACUUUUGUUGUUUAUACGAGAAAAGACAUUAUAAUGAAAAAAAAAAAACCCUGGCAAAUUUAGACUAAUAAAAUGCAUCCUGAACAAAAUUGAUAUUUUCCGAAUUUAUACAAGCAAUCAAUACAGCAAUAAUGUUUAUAAAACAGAAAUAAAUUUUCGCACGUUUUACAAACCAUGAUUUAGCAUAUCUUUGAUGUUUUUCACGUAGGAUCAUGGUAAUAAUAAAAAGGUUGAUAAGGAAUUGGGAAUUCUUUAAAACAUUUUUUUUAUAAAAAAAAAAAGAAAAUGACACUUGUGACGAAACAUUAUAAACAUAUGCCGGUUACCUAGCACUAUGUCUAUUUUAUUGCUAUACUGUAAAUAUUUAAUGAGCUAUAUUUACUAGACCUUGCGAUUGCGUAAAUAUUAAAAUCGUAUACUUUCAUUCCAUUAUUUAUGAAACCGUAUUAUGUUUUUUUGAACAUCAAGAACUUUUUGAAGUUACUUUGUCCAAAGUGUAAUAAAAGAUCAAUAUAAUCGUACCGAAAUUUAAUUUAAAGAGUUGAUGAUUUUAUGUUGAUUGCUUAUUGUUUUAUUUCAAAAAUGUAGUACAGAUAUGUUUUUAUUUGCCCACAGAAUAUUACAUUUUCCAUUUGUAUUCCUUCUUAGGUACAUUUUAAAGAAACCCAUUUAAUCAAAUAUAAAAGUACUACAAUGGUAAUUAUAUCACAAAACAUAAUCUGGUGCAUGUAGAUCAUUUCAUGUUUUUUUCUAUAUUUUUAUCAAAUGGAAAAGAACUAAUUCUUGUAAAUUUUCUAUUCGUUUUAUUCAUUGACAACUUUCAUUUAACGACACCUACAACACCUUAACACUGAAUCUUUACUCUUAUUUCUGAAAUAGUUAGAUGUACAUUAACAUGUAAACACCAAAGAAGCUUGCCUCAAAAAUGAUUUAAUGUUUUGGCUUUCAAUUAAAUGUUUAGAUUUUGGAAAGAUGGUAAAUAUAUGUCUUCAUACACAUUUUUAUUUAGGUUCUGAAUUAAGUGCCAAGGAUCAAUAAAACAGUAAACAUAGUUAGUAUGUUCUCUGAAAAAUAAAUGUUUUUCAUGAUUAUUGCAUUAUAUUCAAUCAAUAUAUGUGAGUUGUUUAAUUAGAGAGUAUAUAAUAAACAACUGAUUCACUA